AUGGAAGUUGAAGCACAGUUUGUUCAUGAAGAAGGCGAUGAGGAUCUUCAUGAAGAUGUUGAUUUUCUGAAAGAGAUAGAUUUUACUCGGAUCAGUGAUGAUCUCCCUUCGAGCAUUGAACUCAAUCUUGACGAUGAUGAUUUUGGUCCAUUUCCGGGGUUUGACAGCAGGUGCUUUAAAAAGGUCAAUGAAGUUGCUCAACCAGCAACCAAGACUGGGGAAGACGUUAAUGCUCUCAAAAUUUUUCUCUCCUCUUCCAAGCCUAUGGAGGUCUCUUCAAGUCAAAGAGAUGUGAUUUCAGAGAUUCCUCCCUCUGAUUCAACUGUCUCUACUUAUGCUCCGCCUUUGAGUGAAUCAACACAGACACAAACCUCCCAGUCUCCUUCGAAAAGAAGUCGAUCAGAUUCAAGACUAGGAGUGCCCUCUAUAAGCCAAGCACCACCAAUCUUAUCCACUUCUACCACCACUACUGUCACUACUACCACUACUACAGUCUCUAUUCCACCACUACAGUCAAAAGAAGGCCCGAGCACAAUAUUUGAAGCAGCUGGUUCAUCCUCUAUUCCAGAGUAUUCUCCUACACGACCCUCACUGGAUGAAGCCUCGAUCAGAUUGGCCAAACACCUUGCUCAAAACAGUCCAACUUCUUCCUCCCAGGGAAAAGGCAUAUCUUUCGGGGAAGAGCAUUCAGGUGAUGACAAGACUUUAGUGUUAAUACUUUAG